AUGUCCUCUGAGCGUAUCGCCAACGCGACCCCUGGUGCGCCCACCGCGCCCUCGUUCCUCUCCAACGCUAUCCUCUCCAACGGAUUCGUGUACUGCUCUGGACAGCUUGGUCAGACGCCCGACGGAAAGAUGGUCGAGGGACCCAUCGGCAAGCGUGUUGACCAGAUCAUGGACAACCUCGAGGCGGUCCUGAAGGCGCACGGCUCGUCGCUCGCCCACACGGUCAAGUUCAACAUCUACAUCAUCGACUACAAGGACUUUGCCGAGAUCAACGAGCACUACAUCCGCCGCAUGCCCACUCCUGCCCCGGCCCGCUCCUGCAUCGGUGUCGCCAACCUCCCCCGCGGCACUGACGUCGAGAUCGAGUGUGUCGCCGUUGUUCCUAAGCCCGGAGCUAAGCUCUAG